GUCUCCAUGGACCUGCCCGUAUAUCUAAUCUGCCUCAAUCUAUCCACGUGUUACAAAGUCAGGACGUUGUUCUUCAUCCCUUUAACUACGGUACCUCCCAUCACCCACAGUUUGUACAUCUAGUCACUGAGUCGGACGCUUGCGUGCCCCAACGCUGAACCGUCUCCACACUUUACCAACCAGACCGGACAUUAGGUCGACAUGAGUGCCUUCAGAGAAGCGAACAGGAAGGCGUUCAACGAUCUCUCGGCAACCUACAACGCAAAACCGUGGCAACAUAAGCUCUCGCAACAGGUCAGUGAUGCCUUACAAGCUCGCAGAGACUGGCUCGGCAUCCAAUGGGCCCAGUCAAACAACAAGUACGACCGCGACGUCAAACUUCUGGACUAUGCAUGUGGCACCGGCGCCAUUACGAGAGCUCUAGGUCCCUAUGUAACCACGAUUCGCGGCAUCGACAUUAGUGAGAAGAUGGUCGAGGAGUACAACAAAGCCGCUCAAUCAUCUGGACUGUCUACCGAACAGGCCCGGGCCGUCGUCGGCGAUCUUGUGGCAGAGACGGUACCUUCCCACCUUAUAGGCGAUGACUACCAGGACUUCGACAUCGCGAUCAUUGGAUUGGGCUUCCAUCACUUCGAGAACCCGCCUCUAGCCGUCCAUCGUCUUGCAGAACGGCUUAAGCCGGGUGAAGGCGUGUUGGUGAUCAUUGAUUUCUUACCAUUUAGUCAUGAGCGAAAGGUCGAACAGCAGUAUCGCGAGCAGAAUCCGGGCGCUGACUUCCCGGAGAUGAGCCACACGAUCAAACACGACGGCUUCACGGAGCAGGAUAUGCGGAGGAUGUUUGGUGACGCUGGACUCACUGACUUUGGGUUUGAGAUUGAGGUGGAGCCGGCGGUGAUGGAGUUGAAGUCUGGGACGCGAGAGCGGAAGAUUUUCAUUGCAAAGGGGCGACGAACAGGUCAUGCGUGAGCCUACUGUUGCACGUAAUAGCCUGAAUGCAUCGCAAACGCAGAUGUACAGCG